AUGGCAGCAGCUACAGCCCAGCCACCGUCUACCUCCACAAUGACUGGUAAUUCAGUGUUCUCAGCUCCCGGAUGGGUGAAAUCGUUCUACUCGACAUUCCCGUUAGUAGUGCUGGAGCAGGAGGACGAGGUGGAUUGGAAAGUUCGAGCUAAACAGGGGGGAGAUCACGCUGUUGAAUUAUGGAUACAUCCCCCUUCACCCUCUUCCGGCCAUCACCCGCACUCGCACUACCGAUCCUGGACAUCCUCCUCUCCUUCCUCACUUCGUACUCAACUAUUAUUCCUUCUCCGCGAGACAUCCUCAAACGUACCCGUAUCUUUUAAAUCAUGGUCCAACGAAAUAUCAGCUCCUGGAGGUAUUUUGCCUACGUUACAUAUCCUGAAUCAGGAUAGGUUGCUGGCGACUGAUGAGAUCAGAGGUUGGUUGGAGAGUACGUACCCUUUAAAAGGCAAGGGGAAAGAAUUACAAGGUCUUCCUUCUCGAGAAGCCUACGAUCGUGCGCUUGCCCUCUCCCACCUAAUCUUAGGUAAUCUCCUACCCGCCUAUCUCGCCUCUUUACCCACUCAACCGUCAAAUUUCCAUCUCCUAUUUCCUAUCCCUCCUCCACUUUCUGCUGGACUCACUACGCCCUUACCUGCUUCCCUAACGGGCGAUUCGAGGGAUAUAGAUACAGACGAAGUGAUAAGGAAAGGAGUAAAUGCCCUCGAUACUAUAGAAGUCAUCUUGGAAAACACGAAUAGUGGAUGGCUCUUUGACGCAAGACAUCCUACAUCGAUAGAUGCCCUGGUCACUUCCCAUCUGCACGUCAUUUACUCUCUACCUCCAUCGACGGUGCUACGGAGUAACAUGGACUCAAGACCGACUUUGGGUGAAUAUGUGGAUCGAGUAUUGGAUUAUGCUGAAAAGCGUAUGAAGAAGUAA